GGACAGAGCUCGCUCUAAGAGCUCGCGCGGCCGUCAAUCGUCAAGCUGCAUCCCCAUUUAUGGUCCAAGGUCUUAACUGGCCGCUGACUAUCCUGUCCGGACGUGUGAGCUAAAUAUGCCCAGUGAGAGCGUCAAGGUAGUCGUUCGAGUGCGCCCGCUGUCCCGAAAGGAGCAGCAAGAUGGGCAUAUCGCGACAACUGUGGCGGAGGAGGCGCAAGGCACCAUUACUUGUACCAACCCGAAGGCCGAUGCGUCGGACCCACCCAAAUCAUUUACUUUUGAUGCGGUUUUUGCAGCAAACUGUACACAGAAGUCCAUCUACGACAAGUGCGGUGCUACGGUCGUCGAGGCUGUGCUCAAUGGUUACAACGGAACUAUAUUCGCAUACGGUCAGACAGGGGCAGGGAAAACUUUCACCAUGGAAGGCGUCCCGGACCCCCCUGAAUUGCGCGGUAUUAUUCCCAACGCUUUCCAACAUAUCUUCGAUAAGGUUGCAGUUGCCGAGGAGCAUCAGCACUUUCUCGUGCGCGCAUCCUACCUCGAAAUUUAUAAUGAAGAAAUUCGUGAUCUUUUGUCAAAAGAACCGAAGAACCGAUUAGAUUUAAAAGAAAAUGUAGACUCUGGCGUUUACGUGAAGGAUCUUACCUCGUUUGUGGUGAAAUCAUCGCAUGAAAUUGAUCAAGUAAUGCAGGCAGGCAAGAAGAAUAGAUCGGUGGGCGCGACGCUUAUGAAUGCUGGUUCUUCGCGAUCCCACGCCAUCUUCACCAUCAUCGUGGAGUGCGCAGAGGUGGAUGAAAAACGUGGUGAGCACAUACAUGUGGGCAAAUUAAAUCUUGUUGACUUGGCCGGCUCGGAACGUCAAGCGAAGACAGGGGCCACAGGCGAUCGGCUGAAGGAAGCAACGAAGAUAAAUCUGUCCCUGUCUGCACUAGGGAACGUUAUUUCGGCCCUAGUAGAUGGCAAGUCGCAGCAUAUUCCAUAUCGUGAUUCAAAGUUGACUCGUCUACUACAAGAUUCAUUGGGCGGAAACACAAAGACGGUGAUGUGCGCCAAUUGCGGUCCGGCAGGCUAUAACUUCGAUGAGACAAUUUCUACACUCCGGUAUGCGAAUCGUGCAAAGAACAUCAAGAAUAAGCCAAAAAUUAACGAGGACCCGAAAGAUGCUAUGCUGCGGGAAUUCCAAGAUGAGAUCAAACGACUUAAGGAGCAACUGGCGAGUCAGGGCUCGGAUGGCUCUGGCUGUGGCACUGGCGAGGGUAAGAUAGUCACUGAACAACGAGUGGUGGAGAAGGUUGUUGAGGUUGAAAAAAUUGUUGAAGUACAAGGUGCAGCGACAGAAGAGGAGCUUGCCGAGCUCAAGGCAGCAGCUAACAAAGAGACUGAACAAAUGCGUCGUCAAGCGGAAGCCGAGAUGAAGGAGGUGUUGGAUUCCCAGACUCGCACCACGAAAGAGCGAGAAAAGCUAAAACAGAAGCUCGAUGCAGAGGCAGAUCGUGCAGCACACUCGGAGAAGCAGCGCCUCACUCUUGAAAAGAAGUUGCAAUCUAUGCAGGAAAAACUCAUGCAGGGUGGUAAACUCCUAGACAAGGCGGCGAAGCAGGAGGCCAUGUUGCGUCGCGCUCAGCUCGAACUGGAGGAGCGGAAAGAGCAGGAGCAGGCUCUCGCUCGUCAGGUUCGUGCAAAGGAGGAAGAUAUUUUUGCGCUUGAGGAGAAAUAUGCUACAAAACAGGACGAAGCCGAUGACAAAACCCGAAAGCUCAAGAAGCUCUGGCAGCGGCUUCAGACAUGCCAAGGUGAGGCACAUGACAUGCAGCAAGAGUUUCAGCGCGAACGCGAGGAUAUGCUUGACACCAUCCGCCAACUCUCCCGGCAGCUCAAGCUAAAAGAACUACUGAUGAAUAACUUCGUGCCUCCCGAGGAAGAGAGAAAAUUUGAGCGACAUGCGAUCUGGAAUGAUGAGGAAGACACCUGGGCAAUCAGAGGGGUCGAGUUUGCUGGCAAUCGCAGACGACCCAAAGUCGGGAACUCCUGGCGCCCUGGCUCAGCCAUUGGCCGUGGGCGCGACCGGCCAGAUGCAGAAGAUGCGACAUCUGGUAAACUUACCCCUACCGGCCUGCCAAACCCGUACCAACAUUACACGAACGAUGAUGCAGACAAGACUACACUGGAUGGUAACGAAAUCGAAGACCGUUCACGCAUCAAGACGAGACCCAAGUCUGGUCGACCGACAACUGCAUCCAGGCGGCGCAAGGACGGCUAAGUGGCAACUGGCGAAAUUUCAGGACUGACCAGACUCUUUUGCUUGUGCAGCGGGCUCAACUGCAGAUCUGGGCGGUGCUUACAGGACCGCAGUCUCAUUACAUAAUACAGGGUCGGCGAACUUAUAGGGGGGCGGGCAAGCCAAGGGCGCGCAGGGGUGGACAUAAUAAAAAAAACCGCGCGCUUAAGGCCCCAAGCCUGGUGCUAUCUCCCAUAUAGAGGAUAGUAAUAUUUAAU